GGAAGUUAAGAGGACCUUGUCCCAGGGGCCACUGUCAGUAAGUGGUGGACCAAGAAUCCCAACUCAGCUCUGUCUGACCUUCAAACCCAUGAUUUGAAACCAUCAUGAAACUUUGCAAAACCUGUGUAUCAGCCCAGCAGGAUGGAAAGAUGUGUAGGGACCAUCUUCUCCAUUUGAGAGAUGAAACAGGAGCUGCGUACUGUCAUCUCCAUCCCAGGCACACAGAGCUUGGGGCCCCACAGCCCUGGUGUGAAUCCCACUCCACCACCAAAGGAGCUGUGUGCCUUUGGAUCAGGCGUCUUGCUUCUCUGACCGUAUAUACGGCUGCAGAAGAAUUCCUUGCCCGUAAACUGCUGCCCAGCACACAGUAGACAUGCAGGAGCCAUCGUUCUCAAGCUGAACUUUUCCUGCGAACGUGGAUCUUGUAUUUGUUUCGUGCUUUGUUCUCCUUGAGGCAGCGACGUGGUGGCGCCUGACCUGAGCAUGUAGCCACCUAUGACUUCCUGAGUGGGGUGAUCGGGGAGGGCCCUCAGGAGUCUGUGGUCCUAAGGCCUUGGAUUUCAAAGCCUUCAGUCACCAUCCAGGGGAUUUUUAUCACCACAAAGGGUAAUUCCUGCUCCAUCCCUGCUGUGACUCAGCUAUGACGUUGAACCACACAAGCCAGAGAGAAGAAGAUAAAGUCAUCAGUGACUCCUACUCACCAGAGAGCGAAGCCCAGGGCAGGACUCCACAGAGCUGGUCCUCUGCCCUGGAGGAACUUAGACGGAUUUUCUCUGGCCAGCCUGGAAUCCUGAGAUGGCCUCCAGCUCAGGCAGCAGCCCCCGCCCGGCCCCUGAUGAGAAUGAGUUUCCCUUUGGGUGCCCUCCCACCGUCUGCCCGGACCCAAAGGAACCCAGGGCUCUCUGCUGCACAGCCUGUCUCUCUGAGAACCUGAGAAAUGGCGAGGAUCGGAUCUGCCCCAAAUGCAGAGGGGAAGACCUCCAGUCUAUAAGCCCGGGAAGCCGGCUUCGCACUCAGGAGAAGGCUCACCCAGAGGUGGCUGAGGUUGGAGUUGGGUGCCCCUUUGCAGGUGUCGGCUGCUCCUUCAAGGGAAGCCCACAGUCCAUGCAAGAGCAUGAGCUCACCUACCAGACCUCGCACCUAAACCUGCUGUUGGGGUUCAUGAAACAGUGGAAGGCCCGGCUGGGCUCUGGCCUAGAGUCUGGGCCCAUGGCCCUGGAGCAGAACCUGUCAGACCUGCAGCUGCAGGCGGCUGUGGAAGUGGCAGGGGACCUGGAGGUAGACUGCUACCGGGCACCCUGCUCCGAGAGCCAGGAGGAGCUGGCCCUGCAGCACUUCAUGAAGGAGAAGCUUCUGGCUGAGCUGGAGGGGAAGCUGCGUGUGUUUGAGAACAUUGUUGCUGUCCUCAACAAGGAGGUGGAGGCUUCCCACCUGGCCCUGGCCACCUCCAUCCACCAGAGCCAGCUGGACCGUGAGCGCAUUGUGAGCUUGGAGCAGAGGGUGGUGGAGCUGCAGCGGACCCUGGCCCAGAAAGACCAGGCCCUGGGCAAGCUGGAGCAGAGCUUGCGCCUCAUGGAGGAAGCCUCCUUUGAUGGCACCUUCCUGUGGAAGAUCACCAACGUCACCAGGCGGUGCCAAGAGUCAGCCUGCGGCAAGACUGUCAGCCUUUUCUCCCCAGCAUUCUACACUGCCAAGUAUGGCUACAAGCUGUGCCUGCGGCUAUACCUGAAUGGAGAUGGCACUGGAAAGAGAACCCACCUGUCGCUCUUCAUCGUGAUCAUGAGAGGGGAGUACGAUGCGCUGCUGCCGUGGCCUUUCCGGAACAAGGUCACCUUCAUGCUGCUGGACCAGAACAAUCGUGAGCACGCCAUCGAUGCCUUCCGGCCCGACCUGAGCUCAGCGUCCUUCCAGAGGCCCCAGAGUGAAACCAACGUGGCCAGUGGCUGCCCACUCUUCUUCCCCCUCAGCAAGCUGCAGUCACCCAAGCACGCCUACGUGAGGGACGACACCAUGUUCCUCAAGUGCAUUGUGGAGACCAGCACUUAGGGUGGGCGGGGCUCCUGAGGGAGCUCCAACUCAGAUGGGAGCUAGCAAAAGGACUGUGAUGCCCUGCCCUUGGUGCCCAGGACCCCAGAGCACCAGGAUGGGUGAAGACUGGCACUAUCCGAGCAAGACUGAGGGGUCGACUUUGGCUGGCCAUCUGGUUAGGAUGGCAGGACGUAGGCUGGUCCCACAAAGGCAGAGCUAGAAGGAGACAGGCAGAGCUGCUCCCCGCUCUGCACUGACCCUGCAACACCAGGAGGCCAGGGAGCCACUCCAGCCCCAAAUGUCAAGGUGGACUGUCACCAAAGAUGGGAAGAAAAUGGAACCAGGCCUGUAACUGUGGGACCUAAGCAGAGAAGCUCUCAGGCUAAGAAGAUCUCUGCAGGGCCACCAGGGAGAACUGGACACAGGCCUACCCUCUUCCUGUCCAGGGUCAGAAACAGGACUGGAUGAAAGGGAUGGGGAGCCGUGUGAAUGCAGUCUGUCCAGGCCUGGACUGACUUUCCUGUCACUGGAGGUGAACAAGCAAAUCCAGAGGGCUCCACUGGGACUUCAAACUGGGGGUUAGAUCUGAAGACUUCUAAAGUUCCUUCCAGCCCAGAAAGUCUCUAAUUCUAGGCCUCCUGGCCCAGGUGAGUCUUAGAGUUACAGGGGGUUCUGGAAACAUUCAAGAGCUUUCUGCCCUUUCAGCUCCUCACUCAUCUUCAAUAACACCUGGUGGACUGGCCUGGCCCGCAGGGCACCUGCCGCCCUGGGCCUGGCAGCUCAGCUUCCUCAACACGCAGGAGCACACACAGCCCCGCCGUCCUGUGCCUCCACCAGCCAAACGCCGCUUCACUUCCUGUAGGUGAAACCCAGUCACUGUGAGCUCCCAGGUGCAGCCAGAGGUGCCUUGAGAAGGAGAGGGGCGUAAACUUUGCUCUUCCUGCCUGGAGGCCUCACCUCUGGUGCUUUCCAGAGUCCCAUAUCACUUGAUUAACUGAGGCAGCCACUUCUCUCAGCGGACUGAUCAGGACCUCCAAGCCACUGAGCAAUGUAUAACACCACAAUUUUUGGAAACUCUUUUGAAGUUUUCCUAAAA